UUUGCUGUUGGCCCGGUCCGGACGGAUUGCUCGGACUGCCUAUUUUCGUUUUAUCUCGGCUUUAUAAUUAUUAUCAUAAAUGAUUAUUUCUAUUUGAUACUUAAAUAUCAAUAAUUCGGAGGAGAUAAUCAUCGUUCAGUCAGGACUUAGAUUUUUAGGUACAUGCAGCAGAUCCCAUGGAGCUGCAGGCAUUGUUAGUGCUAUGUGGUGUGGGGGUGGUGGUAGUGGCCGUGCUGCUGCUGAUGGGGCUGUUCUCAGCCUCGGGCACCAGCUACGAGGAGGCCAUUGCCCAGCAGCGCCGGGCCACCACUGAGCUGCUGGCUCUGGCUGAAAACAAGAACAAACCCAAGAAAAGCAACAAGAAAGCCAUUAAAAAGCUAGCACGGAAGGAGAAGAAUAAGGAAAAUGCUGUGACUACUGGCAGUGAGGUGGACAGUGAGGCUCCAGCCGAGAGUGGUGUGGAUGAAGACACUGUGCCUCCGGCUAAGCCUCAUGUUGAGUUCUGUCCCCCGGUUGUUGUAGACGUUCCUAGGGAUACUCUACCCAAUGUGAAGAUUCGCAAACGCGGCAAGGAUCCUAAAGUAAAGCCGAUACUGAUAAACAAAGAGGAUCCGAGCUGCAUUAGUGAUCCGAGCACGCCGCCCUCCCCUACCGGCUCCGUCUCCAACCACUUUGAGGAGACCCAUCCCAAGGAUGAGUUUGAGCUAUUGCAAUCCUCUCUCGCCGCCGAAAAAACUCCCGAGAAGAGAGAAGAAGUGGUUGAGAAGAAGGAGAAGCCCGCGAAGGCAGCGAAGGCCGGUAAAGGCAAGCAGCCGGCGCCCGAACCCGCCAAGGAGGAGCGCGAGCGCCACAACAGUGGCGAGGCGCCCAAGGAACAACGCAGGGGUAAUAAAAAGGCGGACAAAAAACAAGCGGAAGAUGAGGCUCGAGCGGAGGUGAUCCCCCCGCUGAACGUGCCGCAGCCCAGCGAGCUCACCACCGACAAGCUGCUCAAGCAGGCGCUGGCCGCCGCGCCCGCCCCCGCCCCCGCGUCCGCGUCCGCCUCCGCCCCCGUACCCCCUCCGGCGGGCAGGAACAAGAAGAAGAAGCCCGAGCCUAAUGUGCUUUCGCUUAUGGCAGCCGGUGACGGCGGCGGCGUCAACGUCGGCGAGCUCGUCCGCGUAGUGCGCGACGCGGCGCUCUCCCGCACCGAGAUACAGAUCCUCACCGACGCGCUGCUCAACAAGCACCACGACCCGCUGCCGCAGCACUCCGAGUGGACCGAGGGACCUAACGACCCAAUGCAGAAGCUGAAGAAGCAACUCGCCGACAAGGAGAAAGCUCUGGCCGACGAAGUCGAGGCUUCGCAAGCACUGCAAGCGAAAUUGAAGGAAUUGAGGGCCACACUGAACGCCGAGCGCGGGCGCGUAACCGCGGCGACGCGCGCGCACGAGCUGGCGGCCGAGGCGGCGCGCGCCGAGAUACACACGCACCACACGCGCGUCAAGCGCCUCGCCGAGGACAACCACCAGCUGCAGCAGGAGAACAGGCUACUUCAAUCUAAACUCGCCGCGGAGGGUGAAUUCCAACAACAGAGAGCACAGAUGGAGAUGCACAUACAGCAACUUUCUGAGGCGGAGGCGUCGCUGGUGGCGCAGCUGCAGGCGCUGCAGGCGGAGCUGGCGGCGCGCGCGCUCGAGGUGGCCGGCGCGCGGUGCGACGCGGGCGCCGCCAGGGACGCCGCCAUCAUGGCCCAGCAGCACGCCGCCGAGCUCGCCCAGCAGCUCGAGCAGCUCUCCCGGGACCACGCCCGCGCCAUGCAGGAGCGACAAGCCGCCAUCGUAGAUCUCCAGAACAACGUGCAAAGACUCAUGAGUCGCGCACAGUUCGCCGAGGGUAACUUGGACAAGCAGAAGGAGGAGGCAGACGCACAAAUCAAACAGCUCUCAAGCGAACUGGCGUCGCUGAGAGAGCAGCUGGCGGCGCGCGACGCCGAGCUGGCCGAGGCCAAGCAGAUGAAGGCCGCGCCUGCGCAGAACGGACUGCCCAACGAUCAGCACAAGUCUGCGGAGCUGGCGAAGGUGGAGAGCGUAGUGGAAGCGCUACGCAGCUCACUCAACGCGGAGCAGCGCGCCAACAAGGAGCAGAAGGAGGCCCUCACGCAGCUGCAGGAACAGCUGCGCGCGUACCAGGAGAAGAACAAUGAGUUGCGAACUAAAAACUGGAAAGUAAUGGAGGCUUUACAAAGCGCCGAAAAGGCUCUCCAGGUGAAGUCGGCCAGCGCGUUGUCGGCCCAAGACCCUCGCGAAGCGGCGCCGGCGGCCUACGCGGAGGCGGCCGGCGCGCUGCGCGACGCGCUGCCCUCCGCGGCGCCGCGGGGGCCCGUGGACAAGGCCUGGGUGCUGCAGUUCGCUGAUAACCUAAAGACGGAGCUGCAGAAGGCGGCGUCCUCCCCCGCGCCCGCCCCCGCCGCCGUCCCCGCGCCCGCCCUCGCCCCCGCCGCAGACGCGCGCGUGGCGGAGCUGCAGGCGCAGAAUGACCAGCUGCAAGGACUCCUAGACAAAUACAAGAAGAUCAUUGACGACACGGAGGGAGUGCUGAGCCAGCUCCAAGCCAACGUGACGCGAGAGGAAGCGCGCUGGGCGCGUCAGCUCGCCGACAAGCAGCACGAGCUGGACUCGCUGCGGCAGCACACGCUCACGCAGAUGCAGAAGAAGAUAGACAGCCUACAGACUGAGCUGCAGCAGAAGCAAGCUGCCAACCACAAUCACAGCUUCGCGGACUCGGAGCGGCUCACGGAGGAGAGAUUACUGACUGCUGGUUUGUCAGAAAAGUACAAAACGGACGUGUGCAAUGGUCCCUUGCAGGUGGGCUUAGAAGAAAAAUAACAUUUAAAAAAUACAUAUUUAUAUGGAGAAGUGUUGCGGUAUCAUUCCGGGCGGCGCCGUGCGCGGUAACGGCGCGCGGCCCCCGUCUUACAAGUUGCGUCCGCCACCGCCUGCUGGCGGCCACCGCCCGCUGGCGGCCACCGCCCGCUGGCGGCCACCGCCCGCUGGCGGCCACGGCUGCCGGCUCACACUCCGCGCCCGACCCGACCUCAUACCUUACCUUACUAGUUGUACUACCAACCUACACGUACACGUACACACCCAGAGACUCAUUCGCUCAUACUUCGAACAAUGUCAAAUUAUUAUAUGAACGAAUCUGUCUUUCGGUUUAUCGGUUGCUACGAAUCGUUAGUGUACGGAUCGAGCGGAGGACCGUUUCGCCGAGUGUACACGCUUCCCAGAAAACGCAGGACAUGCUCAAUUUAGAUCAAAGGAUUGUUUCUAUUUAAUCAUUCGUAAUCGUCCUGAACGGCACAAUUGCUUAGGUUUUAUUUAAUAUAUACAACUCUAUGGUCUGUGAAGUGUAAAACGAUAUACUGGCGUUGGAAAGCGGCGAUGAGAAUCUGUAGGCCAUUGUGUAACAUGAAAUUGUAUAACGAAAACUUGAGUCCAGGGGCCCGUUUCUCAAAAGUUUGUAGCAUGUAAUACAAAUACGCUUGUAACUUGUAAUACAAGCGGAUGUCACUUUUUGACAGCGUUUGUUAGAAAGAGACUUCCACUUGUAUUACAAGUUACAAGCUUUUGAGAAACGGGCCCCUGAUUGUGUUAGUGGGUCGCGUGCCCGGACUGCCCGGGUUUACAGAUCAAUAUUAAAGUUAUUACGAGGAGUUUGUUUUCAGUAAUUCUAUGAACUCUGCUGUCCCAGCUGUUUUAUUAAAUUUAAACACUUAUUUACUUAUCUAGUUAAUGCGAUCGUUAAAAUUAGUUAACAUGAUCUUGCAAUUUAAAAUUCAAUGUAUGAUACAUAUAUUUAGCUAGAUAUUUUACAUUUUUAUUUUAAUCAAUUCUUGAGACAAUUAUCUAUUGAUACGAAAGAUGAUACGUGUAUUUUUAUGAUUAUGUAAGAAAAAUUAAUAAUAGACCAGUGUAACAUCAAUAAAUUAAUUUUUGUUAUUUUUGAUGAUUUGCAGCUACCGAAUUUAACUUGAGUGGUAUUCUUAUGAUUUUUAAGGAAUGUUAUCUACUCUUUAGAAAUAUAUUAUUUAUAAAUAACUUUUGUAUCUAGAGCAUAAUCAUUUUGUCAGUGCCUUAGUGUAAGGUUUGAAUUAGACAAGCUGACCGUAAAUUUUUUGUUAAUAUUUGGCGGAAGAAAGGCAAGGAUUUGAACUGCGUCGUCCCGCGCCCCCGUCGCUGAAGCCAUGGUACAAUUCAAAUUGAUAAGUCGAAGUUGUAGCGUAGAUUAAACCUGGAUAAUUUUAGUUUAGUGGAACUUAGAAAUGUGAUAAAAUCUUUGGAAUACUCCUGUCUUCUCCGAAACAGUUCAAUCUUUUCUUCCGUCCACCGCCUGUAAGUGCUUAGUAGCAUUUUUGAUAAGCAUAUUGUAUAUGUCUGGGGCCGUUCUGAGAUGCGACUCCGUGAGCCUCCUCUACUACAUUAAGUUGCUGAAUAUUUCGAAUACAGGUCAUAUUCUUUGCACUGUCCUAAAAAUAACUGUAAUAGAAACAUAUAUCUCGAUCGAAUUUAAACUGUUGUGAGUCAUACUAUUAACAUUAAACUCCAACUAAGGCUCUCCGAAAAAAAAACGCGAGUUAAACCUUAAAAUUAGUUUAAUUUAUCUCGAUAAUGAAAACAUAACUAUAAAUCAGUUGCACCUCCAUAAGUCCAUGUUUAUAUUUCAAACAUGAGAUCAUUAAAAUAAGUUGGUGUGCAAUAUUUUGGAAUAAACUUGUUUAUCUUAUACUGGUUCUACAGUGCAAAGAAAUUAAUCUUGAAAUUCGUUACCGACGCUUGUUUUUAGACAAUUUUAAAUUGUAAAGUAUGAUCAUGUUUUAUUAUGAGUUUGUUACAGUCCAAUAUUUUAAUUGUAAUCAGCGUGUCAAAUGUCCUGAAUAUUGAAUUAGCAUUAUAUUAUAAUGUAUUAUGGAAUAUUUGUAAAAUAGAUAAGCCACUUUGUAUAAUAAUUAAUAUAUUAGUUAAAGACAUUACGAAAUAAAAAAAAUCUUAAUAAU